AUGCCGCCCGUCCCCGCGGGUGCACGCGUCGAGGUGCACGGCCUCUCGGCCAAGCCGGAGCACAACGGCAAGCUCGGGCGUGCCGUCUCGUAUGAUCAUAACAGGGAGCGAGUCGGCGUCCACCUCGACUCUGGUGAUCGGCUGUUGCUGCGCGUGGCCAACCUGCGGCUGACACAAGACGAGCUUCCUGCGCACAAGGAGAAGGCCGUGUUUGCCCAGAUGUUCUCCAAACCCGGCGCGCUGUCCUCAGAGGCGGACGGGUCUGCUGCCGAGCCGACAGCACCUCCACCGCCUGCGCCGCCUCGCGACGGCAGCGGAAGUUGGGACGACCUCGACGAGCAGCAGGUGAUGCUCAGCCUCUCCGAGGAGGAAGCGCGAGCCGUUGUCGGCGGUGACGCUGGUGCAACCCUCAGCAGCACGCCCUCUCUCGAAGCGGCGCUGAGCAGCGCGGUGCGGCGGAACGAGCUCACGGCGUUCGCGAACGCCCCGCGAUACGACCGGCUG